AUGAGCGGGAGUGCGCCUGCUGUCGGCUCAUGGACCAAACACUGGGAUCCGUCAUCGAAGCAACACUUCUACUACGAUCCGUCUACUGGGCAAACAACGUGGGGCCGGUCCGUGCCACCGGAAAAAAGCACGGAGUCACUUAAAAGGGAGGGGGAGGGCAAUCUGUUGGAGGGGAUCUUUUUGCAACAAGCGAAAGAAACCGCGCAGCACCAUGAUGUGCGCCCACGGCGAAGAAAACGUGGUGUGUCGAAAGACAGGAAGAACAAUAACCGGGUUUUCGCCGAUGAUGACCUGCCCCAAAACGAAACAAUCGAGGACGACGAGCCCCGCAAGGAUUACAUCAGCUUUGCCAAAGAGUACUACUUGACGGCCCCCUUCCGAGACACGGGCGGCAAGCAAAUCUGCGUGAUAUGCCAGAAGCGCAAGGCAUCAGCCGUAUUGUUUCCGUGCGAGCACAAAUGUGUCUGCGCACGGUGCAUCGAAAGCGAGGGCUUCGGGGCAAUGAGGAAGGCGAGCGAGAGGGAAGCCCUCUGCCCCGUGUGUUGGUGA